UCUUUUCUUUUCCUAGAGGAAACAUGGCUGCCCACUGCUCAUCAAUGGUGUUUUUAUUUUCGACUCGUGUUCUUUCAAUUUCGCAACAAAGGGAAGUUGAUAGAGUUUGUUUUCGAGUCUGAUUUACUAAAGGCCACAAGGCGGUGUGUGAAGCGUAAGUAGAAUUCUGUUCUGGACCGUUAGAACCACGUUACCGAAAGCAUCAGAUCAUUACAACAGCACGGAUUCACUGUCUACACCAAAUUAACUUAUAAAAGCUGCAAUUGAAUUGCUGGCUUGCCAGUAUACCAGCCUACGCUACAUUUUGUGCUUCUUCAAUAGCACUGAAGGUGAACUUAUAUCUUGUCAUCGCUAUGUUUAGCCCUGUGAAGUCUUCUUAUUUCAGAGUUAGUCCAACCACUGUCAACCGAGAGCUCGGCAAGACCAAGAUGAGAUAGCAAGAGGCAUUGACAGCUGGCUACACAACAGAAAAUAUUUGACUUAUUCUGUUCCCUAAUAAACAGAUCGAAACGCAUAGCUAGCUAUAAAAACACAGUCAUGUUUGGGAAUCUUUUCGAAGAAGAUGAGGACGAGGGAAUCCCUCCUAGCGCUUCUGGGGGUAGGGUUGGAAAGGGGGGAGACGAGCUGACACCUCCUCGAGGAAGAAAUAAUCUUAGCGGCAUUAAAAAUCAGGGAGGGACGUGCUACCUCAACUCCCUGCUACAGACUCUGCUGUUCACCCCAGAGUUUAGAGAGGAGCUGUUUAAUCUUGGUCCGGAACAACUGGGUUACCUGGAAGACAAACACAGCCCAGAGGCAAAGGUCAGAGUGAUUCCUUUGGAGCUACAGAGGCUGUUUGCCCGUCUGCUCUUAGUGGACCAGCAGACUGCGUCUACGGCUGACCUCACGGAAAGCUUUGGCUGGAGCAACAGCGAGGAGAGCAGGCAGCAUGAUGUUCAGGAGUUGAACAGGAUUCUCUUUAGUGCUCUGGAGCACUCUCUAGUGGGCACCAGCGGUAGUACACUCAUCCACCGACUGUACCAUGGAACCACUGUCAACAGCAUCGAGUGUAAGGAGUGUGGCAACGUCAGCCAGAGACAGGAGGACUUUCUGGACCUGACUGUGUGUGUACGUGGUGUAUGCAGCCUGGAGGGGGCGCUGUGGGACAUGUUCGUGGAGGAGGAGAUGUUCCAGGGCAGCAACCUUUACCGCUGUGCCCAGUGUGACAAACUGGUUACAGCUGCCAAGUCUGCCAAGCUGAGGAAGCUGCCUCCGUUCCUCACCAUGUCCCUGCUGAGAUUCAACUUUGACUUUGCCAAGUGUGAGCGCUACAAGGAGACGGGCCGCUACACCUUCCCCCUCAACAUCAACCUGAAGCCCUUCUGUGAACAGGUGGAGGGAGAGGACUCUGAGUACUCCUACGAGCUCUUCUCUGUCAUCAUCCACAAGGGAGGCUGCUAUGGCGGCCAUUACCACGUCUACAUCAAAGACAUAGACCAUCUUGGCCAUUGGGAGCCACUGGAGGAUGAGGUCAAACUGAAAAGCCAGACGAAAAAGGAGGUCAAAGUGUGCGAGCCUGAGCUGGAGAGAGACGACCCCCUGUCUGUGCUCACCGCCAUCUUAGUCCAGGAGCCGUCCAAGAGUGUGCUCCUGGACAAGCUGGGACAAAAACUGAUGGACAAAAUUGGUUCUUCCUGGAACAAGAAGUAUAGGAAACAUCAUGGUCCCAUAAGCAAGUUUCUUCAGUCACAUGGAGAUGUGUUUGUCUUGGUGUCAAGCGGCACUCGAGUGACUCUGAAGGCCAACCCCCCCAGCCCAGGCACGGAGCCGGCCAGCCCGGCCAAUGGAAGCCCUGCCCUCGACCCUCACCUGGACCACAGCAGCACCAAUAGCCGAGCAGAACCAGGACCAGAACCAGAGGGUCCACACUGGUUCGACUUGAACGACUCCUCAGUGACAUGCAUCAGGGAAGAGGAAAUCCAGAAGCAGUUCCAGGGCAAAGAGAGUGCCUACAUGCUGUUCUACAGGAAGACCCUGCUGCACAGGCCUGCAGAGGCCCUGAGGAAUCCUGGGUACAAAGUUCCCUCUCACCUGCUGGAGAUGACCCGGGAGGAGAACCACAAGCUGCAGCAGAUCCGAGUGGAGUUUGAGUCCAGCAGUAACAGCGUAGAGUUCCGCCUGCACCUAGCGCCAUCCUACAGACUGGAGAACGGAGCCCUUCAGCCAAUCAACGCAGAGAAAGGAAAAGCUGUCAACCUUACCUUUGACCGGCGCAAGACUGUUGGGGAUCUACGAUUGGCUAUAUACCAGAUGCAGGAACUUUGGGACGGCGAUAUGGCUCUGACUGUGGCCAAAAGUCUGCCAGCAGGCUUACACCUCUAUAACACUCUCCAAGAUGACAACAUGUUGCUGUUCAGCGCAGGCAUAUACAGCAACUCUGACCUGUUUGUAUGGAAUGGCAGAGAGGUGUGUGGUGCGACUGUCCAGACUGGAGCCGAGUGGGAGCCUGUGCUGCUGACCGUUGUGCGGCCCUCCCUGGGGGAGGACAUGGAGGGGGACACUGGGGGAGAGGGUGCACGUGGGGGAGGCGGGGGUGAGGACGGGGGCUCCGGGCUCAAAAGGGAAGCGAGGGGCUUUGCAGGGGGGGCGACUCUAGGCCAGGUGAGGGAAGCUCUUGGGGAGCCCCUGGAGAGCCUGUUGUGUCAGGAACAAGAAAAGGGGGUUGGAAAACGAGGGAAGGGGGGAGGGGGAGGAGAGGGUGGGGGGGCGAGUGGGUGGAGGGUGUUUCCCCCUGAAGACAUGCAGAAGACCCUCAGAGAGCUGGCCCUCAAGGAUGGUGACGCUGUGCUGGUGCUGGAACCACACUCAUUCGACAGCAGUGUUUUCAAUCUGAGCGGGGAUUUGGUUACCGUGACAACGCCAUCAGACUGCCGCUGGCUGCAAGUGAAGUACCAACCCAAUCGAGGAGGUGGAGGAGGAGGCGGAGAAGAAGAGAAAGUAGAGGGGGAGAAGGAGGAGGAGGAGGAGAGAACGGCUACAGUCCCUGCUUCUGGAAACAUGCUGCUGUGUGAGGUGAAACAGAGAGCCAUCGAGGAGCUCCAGCUGCAGGAAGAGCUAAUAGGUGUAGAGUGCUGUCUGAGGCAGAUGGACCGCAGAGGCAGGCUACUGCCCCCAGUGUGUGAGGACCUGAGUGUCCGGGAAGCCGGGGUUAGGCUCAUGACCUCUCUGACCUUAUGCCCUGGAACCGCCCCCAAAGCCACACAGCUGUUCCUUCACUUCUCUGUGGGAACGGCGCCCUCCUCUGGCAAGGAGAGAGACAUCAUCGUGGAGGAGAGCAGCUCAGUGAAGGAGUGUCUGAAGAGAAUGCUGGAAGAAGCUGGUCUUGAAGGCGACUGUUGGCACUUGAGGAAGCUGGACUGGUGUGAGGAGGUUGGAGAGGCGCUGAUGGAUGAGGAUGCCUCUCUCUCUGAGUUGAAAAUCAGUCAUGGCGACACAUUAGUUGUCACUGAGGGACAUCUACCUCCCAAGGGUUUUAUCAAGCUUACUGUUUGGCUUUACGUGAAUCAGACUGACGAGGCAACAGUCUCCAUGGAAACAGAUGUCAGUCACACUGCUGAGAGACCAGGAGAUCAGCAGCGGCUGGAGGUUCUGACUGCAGUGGGAGGGGCCAUGACAGAGCUGAGGAUUGUGGGACAGGUAGAGAUCACAGAGGAGGCCACACUGGAGAACCUGAAGACUCAGGUGCUGACCCUGCCAGCCCUGCAGUGUGUGUGUGCGCCCACACCUGCCUUCCUGCGGCUGUGGCACCUGGAGGGACAGAGACUGAGCCGCGUCCUCAGAGGACACCAGCUCACCCUGCGGAAGUUGAAGCUGGGCAGUGGGGCAGAUAUCUGUGUGCAGCAGCUCCUCAAAGAGGAGGAUCUAGGACCUAAGGAGUUGCUGCUGCAUGUUCAGAUGGGCGUGCCAGGGGAGAGGGGGUACUACCCUCCAGAGGAGCUGGUCUGGGACGCCUCCCGGGACUCUGCCCCGCGCUGCCUGCGCUCGGCCCUGGCCGCCCACUCCGGCCUUUCCCCUGACUCCCUGCUGCUGGCCAAACACCAGGCAGACAAGCACACCUGGGACACCAUCUCCAGCUGGAGCCAGCAGGUGUCGAAACGGAAAAAGAAGAAAAAGCCGGAGUCUCUGCUGGGUGCCCCAUUUCAUCUCAAAGACGGUGACAUCAUCGGUGUCAAGAAUCUGCUGAUUGACAACAACCGGGACUUCAGCACCCUACAAGAUGAACAGGGUCAGCAGAGGCUGAGAGAGGAAGCAGAGCAACGCAGGAAAGGGGAGCAACCUCCAACUGGGACCAUCCAGAGGGCUGGACCAGACAAGAGGCCUCAGUCCACCAAAACCAGGAAGCCAGAGGUGGCCCUGUCAAUCAAUGUGGGGGUUUUCAGAUAGGCCCGCAUCCAGACGGACCUUGUCCCUGUGGUGUCAAUCAACCAGACAAUCUGCGACUGAGGGUGGUUUGUGUGCCAAAUAACGCAUGGACACAGCAAAACAUUAUGAUACAAGUAGGAGGGAAGAGAGGAGAACUGAGACUGUUUACUCUGGAGUGAGAUGAUGUUCAAAAUACUCUUACUUUGGUAAUCUCCACCCCCUGUAUCUUUUUCCCUCUGUAUCUCUCUUUCUUUCUCUGGCAUGCCUUAAUAAUAUGGACAAGAGCCAAUUCUACUUUGUCCCUCCUACCUCACUCUCUCAAUUCUUUCUUCUUCACCGUAUUCAAAAGUGCUGUCACUCCUCUUUGAUCUCUGAGACCUUACAUCGAGAUUGUAUUACCAAUGAAUCAUGUUUUACUAGUGUGCGCAAUGAUCUGGGUUUGUGGAUUUCAGGGAUUUAAAAUGGCAACGAUUAAACAAUACAGGUGAAAUGUCAAACAUACUGUAAUGGUUGUCAAGUACAGUACAGCUCUGCUAUGCAUUCAGCUUUCAUGGUUGUAUAUGAGUUGGUAUUUAAAUAUUAUAUUCAAGAUUGAUUUGUGUGUUAUUCAAAAUGGAUCCCCCUCCUUUGUCAACCUAUAAUAUGAUCACUUGUUGUAAGGAGGGAGGGGGAAGAGAUGGCAACACAGUGAUUUUCACAGAAGCCUAUUUGUUAAAGUUUGCUGCAAUAAUGUCCCCUUAGUAAGAAGGCUUUAGUAUAAAUAGCACGUAGAGUCAAGUAAAUUAAGAGUUUUUCAUCCUACAUUUUGGGAAAAUACAGGGCAACUAUUGUUUUCUAUGAUGCUAUAUCAUUUGCCAAGAGAGUAACACAGAAAUGUAAUUGGGUUUGAUCUACAAUAUGGUAAUCUUUUGUGUGUCAAAUAAUGUAUAUAAACUAAGUAUUGAUUAAAGUGAACACACGCUUA